UACAUUAGUACUAAAAAUGGGAUUUGCUAGUUCUACAUUUUCGUGUGAAUUUAUGCAGUGAAUAUUUAAUUUGAUUCUGGAUCUGGCAAAAGGAGAGGCUGUCUUCAAACAUAACAUAGUUUAUUUUUCUCAUAUGCUCUGCUGGCUGCUUUAAUUUUUUUCCUCUGCCGACUGAAAUGCAAAGUAGAAUACUACCCCAGAUUAAUAUUCUUGCUACACAAAGAUCUCCAGUGUUUGUUUUUGCUUCUUUUAAUAUGUAACUCUCCUAAGAGCGUUAUUGUAUUACAGCUAAGAGGCUUUAGCCAUGUAAAGUUGAAUGCUUUACACUUCUGAAUGCCAGCAUAACAAUUAAUCUGUGAUUAGAUUUUGCUUCUUAAGAUGCCUGCGCCGCAGAGUGCCUAUAAUAUUAAACUUCUAAAGGGUUCCACUCUUGAAAACUUACAAAAGCUCUCUUUGACACAGCACACCGACAUUGUGAGGCUAUUGUUUUCAUUGCUUUAUUGUUCAGCCAGCUUAACUGAAACCGUGAGUUUGCUUUUCCUCUUUAUGACCAAGAUAACGUGGAGAAAUGAACGGGGUGCGCAUAGUGUGUCCCAGUGCACGCUGUUCUCUGCUGUUCUAGCGGCAAUCCAAGCUGCUUACUGCCUAUCUUGAGAAUCUCUUGACUCUGAGCCCUCUGCCUCCACUAGUUAAAAAAAAAGAAGAAACUUGCAUCUUCUCCUCCAUUGAACUGUCUCCAUAGAGUGAUCUGCAGCAGCUAUCUGCUUUCUCUUUAUUCCUUAACUCCUUAAAGGCAUGCUGCAGUCCAUAGGGUCGCAGAGUCGGACACGAUUUAGCAACUGAACAUCAGAUCCUCUAUACCAUCAGACUAGAGUGGCUUGCUCUGCCUUUCUGCCAUGAGUCCACGAUGGACGCAGCCCUGGGGUGACCUCGCCCGGCCUAUUUUACACUCCCAGAGGCCUCUGCAGGAUUCAGUCUUAGAGAUCACCCUUUCCUACCUGAACCCUCUUAUCCCUUAUUUCCAGGACAUGGCAUCGUCUCCAGACCUUGACUUUCCCAUUUCAGCAGCAUUCAGUGAGCCUCAAUGUUUCAUCCUUGGAUCUUUUUUUUUUUUUGAACUUUUAAUAUUUUUUUUCUGAGUUCCUUCAUUCCAUUGAGUUUGCCUGUGUCUUAUUUGCAGCUGAUUAUCAAACUUCAGGUGUGUUCCCUGUCCUGAAUCACAGACCAGGUUUUCAGCUACUCACACGUGGGUUUGGAUGCUCAGCAUCACUUCUAGCCCACCAAGGCCUCCUGGCUUCCCUUUGCCUGAUACUGGUAUCUGUGGUCUUCUCAUGAACUCAGGGUCAGUCACCCUUUUUGCUCUCUUUCUCUCUUUUAAAAAAUAAUAUGUAAUUUUUAUUGCUUUUUAAUAUCAAACAGUAAUAACCUUUGGGAUAAAGGAGAAAGUGGGAAGGAGAGAACAUUUUUCCUUUUUAUUUUGUACUUUUCUGUACAGUUUAUACUUUCUACUUUGCUUUUUUUUGCUUGGAAGUUACCAACAAAAUGACCUAUGGUCUGGUAUUAUAUACUAAAUGUUUGUGUCUUUUUUAUAUCUUUGUAUUACUACAUACUAACAUGUUGCUAAACAGACACACAAGUAAAUAUUUCUUGAUUGUGAGUUCUGAAACAGUGGAUGGAGUAGCUGAUCUCUAAGCACCAGUAGUCGGAUCGUGCCUUGAACCUUCACUCAGCUCUGGAGGCUGGGAAGAGCCCUUCCUCUUGGCUUCUCUGUGGUCCUGUUCCUCCUCAUGCUGUGAUCCCUCCGUCUGCCCCACUGGGAUGCAGUAUCCUAGUCCCAGGUGCAGCUCGCAUGCGGCGUGCCACGGUCAAGUCAGGCGACAGAUGGGCAGCGUGACGAGAGCGUCAGAAAGGAUCGGGCCUCGCCGGGGGCGUCAGCCUGGAGUCGGCGUGUUGACGAGUCGCUGAAGAGGAAGCCGGCGGGGGGACCGCGGCCACAGAGGAGGAGAGCCUUGACUUGGGUCACACCCUUCAUGGAGGACAGAUGGACGGCCGGAUGGCCAAUCACCUCUCCUCCUAAGCCUUUGGAGAUUGACGCUUUGGCCCCUGCUGGAGGUGUGUCAGGAGCCUUCGCGCCCACUCUGAAUUCACUCCCCGUAGAAACGUCAGGGUAGACUGCAGUGCGCAGCCGGCCUCAGCCGUCGCAUGGUCCCGGGUCUGCAGCCAUGAGCGCGGAGGGAUACCAGUACCGGGCUCUGUACGACUAUAAAAAGGAGCGGGACGAAGACAUUGACUUGCACUUGGGGGACAUACUGACUGUGAACAAGGGGUCCUUAGUCGCUCUUGGAUUCAGUGAUGGCCAGGAGGCCAAGCCUGAAGAAAUUGGCUGGUUAAGUGGCUAUAACGAGACGACAGGGGAGAGGGGAGACUUUCCGGGAACUUACGUAGAAUAUAUUGGAAGGAAAAAGAUCUCGCCUCCCACACCAAAGCCCCGGCCACCUCGACCCCUUCCUGUUGCCCCAGGUCCUUCAAAAACUGAAGCAGACAGUGAGCAACAAGCUUCCACUCUCCCGGACCUUGCCGAGCAGUUCGCACCCCCUGACGUCGCUCCACCGCUUCUUAUCAAGCUCGUGGAAGCCAUUGAAAAGAAAGGUCUGGAAUGUUCAACUCUAUACAGAACACAGAGCUCCAGCAGCCCGGCUGAGUUACGACAGCUUCUCGACUGUGAUGCCGCCUCCUUGGACUUGGAGAUGUUCGAUGUGCAUGUUUUAGCUGAUGCCUUCAAACGCUAUCUCCUGGACUUACCGAAUCCUGUCAUUCCAGUAGCCGUUUUCAGUGAACUGAUUUCUUUAGCCUCAGAAGUGCAGAGUUCUGAAGAAUACAUCCAGCUGUUGAAGAAGCUCAUUAGGUCACCCAGCAUACCUCAUCAGUACUGGCUCACACUGCAGUAUUUGCUAAAACAUUUCUUCAAGCUCUCUCAAACGUCCAGCAAAAAUCUUUUGAAUGCAAGAGUACUUUCUGAACUCUUCAGCCCUCUGCUUUUCAGAUUCCCAGCAGCAAGUUCUGAGAAUACUGAACACCUCAUAAAAAUUAUAGAAAUCUUAAUCUCCACCGAAUGGAAUGAACGCCAGCCUGCACCAGCACUGCCUCCCAAACCACCAAAACCCACUACUGUAGCCAACAACGGUAUGAAUAACAAUAUGUCUUUACAAGAUGCUGAAUGGUACUGGGGAGAUAUCUCGAGGGAAGAAGUGAAUGAAAAACUUCGAGAUACAGCUGACGGGACCUUUUUGGUACGAGACGCAUCUACUAAAAUGCACGGGGAUUACACUCUUACACUAAGGAAAGGAGGAAAUAACAAAUUAAUCAAAAUAUUUCACCGAGAUGGGAAAUAUGGCUUCUCUGACCCAUUAACCUUCAACUCUGUGGUUGAACUAAUAAACCACUACCGGAAUGAAUCUCUAGCUCAGUAUAAUCCCAAACUGGAUGUGAAAUUACUUUAUCCAGUAUCCAAAUACCAACAGGAUCAAGUUGUCAAAGAAGAUAAUAUUGAAGCUGUAGGGAAAAAAUUACAUGAAUAUAACACUCAGUUUCAAGAAAAAAGUCGGGAAUAUGAUAGAUUAUAUGAAGACUAUACCCGAACUUCCCAGGAAAUCCAAAUGAAAAGAACAGCUAUUGAAGCAUUUAAUGAAACCAUAAAAAUAUUUGAAGAACAGUGCCAAACCCAGGAGCGGUACAGCAAAGAAUACAUAGAAAAGUUUAAACGUGAAGGCAAUGAGACAGAAAUCCAAAGGAUUAUGCAUAAUUAUGAAAAGUUAAAGUCUCGAAUCAGUGAAAUUGUCGACAGCAGGAGGAGAUUGGAAGAGGACUUGAAGAAGCAGGCGGCUGAGUAUCGUGAGAUUGACAAGCGCAUGAACAGCAUUAAGCCAGACCUCAUUCAGCUAAGAAAGACAAGAGACCAAUACUUGAUGUGGUUGACUCAGAAAGGUGUUCGGCAGAAGAAGUUGAACGAGUGGCUGGGCAAUGAAAACACGGAAGACCAAUAUUCGCUGGUAGAAGAUGAUGAGGAUUUGCCCCACCAUGACGAGAAGACUUGGAAUGUUGGAAGCAGCAACCGAAACAAAGCUGAAAACCUGCUGCGGGGGAAGCGGGACGGCACUUUCCUCGUCCGGGAAAGCAGCAAGCAGGGCUGCUACGCCUGCUCGGUGGUGGUGGACGGCGAGGUCAAGCACUGCGUCAUCAACAAGACGGCCACGGGCUACGGCUUCGCCGAGCCCUACAACCUGUACGGCUCCCUCAAGGAGCUGGUCCUGCACUACCAGCACACGUCCCUCGUGCAACACAACGACUCCCUCAACGUCACCCUGGCCUACCCGGUGUACGCGCAGCAGAGGCGGUGAAGGGCCGCCCGGCCUGCUCCUCGCCUUCGGCUCCCCAGGCCUCUGGCAAGCACAGGGCUCCCCUGGGAACUGAGCUGCGGACACCCAGCCGCCCGUCUGCGGAUGGGACUCGAGCCUUCGGCCCCACGGCAGGAGGGGAAGACGCCCCGCAGGGCCGCGCGCCGGACAGCCGCCGUUCUCGUCUGGAGUGCUUCGUCAGCCUUCCUUUCUUCCCUCUUUCUGUUUCGGUUUUGGUUUUUUUUUUUUUUUUUUUUUUUUUUUUGGUUUAAUUUAAAGCCACAACCACACACAAAGAGAAAAAGAAAUGCAAAAAUCUCUGCGUGCAGGGACAAAGAGGCCUUUAACCAUGGUGCUUGUUCGUGCUUUCAGAAGCUUUACCAGCUCAAGAGUUGGGACCUUGGAGACCGGAGCAGGGACGGGCUGAAGAGCCCUAGCCUGGGGUCGCUCGGUCCAGCCUGGGUGUUGCCAUGCACGGUGGCCCCAGACACACUGCACUGUGGAUUAUUUCAUUUUCUAACGAAAUGAACCGAUAUGUAGCAGAAAGGCACUUCCGCUCGCAGGGAACACUUGAGGGAACGUCCGCUCCGUGCGUUCAGAGGAAAUUCUGUUGUAGCAGAGUGCCAGAAAGUGUUUUGUUGACAUUCUCAAACCAAGAAGACCCACCAACAGAGAAAUGGAGCUUCGAAAACAGGACUUCAAAAUGACAUUUAGUAUAUAAAAUAUGUACAUACUAUUGGAUGACUAACUAUCAAAUAGAUGGAUUUGUAUCAAUACCAAAUAGCUUCUGUUUUGUUGUGCUGAAGGCUAAAUUCACAGUGCUAUGCAAUUCUUAAUUUUCAAUGUUAUUAUCUGUUUUAAAUAUACCUUCAGAAUAAGCUUCCUCUGCCCCAGUUUUUGUUGCUUGAAAAUACUGUCCCUGAUUUUUUUUUUUUUUUGUUAAUAUUCAUUUUGUUACUCAUUUCCUUUUUUUUUUUUUUAAGAAAUGUACAGGAUGCCAGUUUAAAAAAAAUGGCUUCAGAAUUAAAACUAUGAAAUAUUUUACAGUCUUUCUUGUACAGAGUACUUGGCUGUUAGCCCAAGGUUAAAAAGUUCAUAACAGAUUUUUUUUUUUUUGGACUAAAUGUUUUGUUGGGCAGUGCCUGAUAAGCUUCAAAGCUGCUUUAUUCAAUAAAAAAAAAAAAAGAUAUAUGAAUAUGACAAAGUAUCGCUGAGUUCAACAAUGUUGUUUCAAGACUUAAGAUACGGUACCUGGCAAUGUUUGUUUCGUAAAGAAUUGUGAACUUCUUGAAUCUAGGGAAGGGGAUGUAGCAAAGGGUUGUACAAGCGGGGUGGGGGCGGGUUGACGAGAUGGCAUGCACUUUCUCUUUCUUGUGAUUAUGGAGAAGUGGAUCACUGCAAAGUGAAGUCUCUUCCCACUUUGAUCUGCUACUUGCUAUGCCCUCAUGACAAUUACAAACCUACUGGAACGCUAGUUCUUAGGAAGGCAGGCAGGGUCUUCAAGCAGUGCUCAUCCUUGUUGGAAACACUGAUUUCAAAGUAUCAUUGCUGCAUUUAGAAAACCUGUCUCUCUUUAACAUCAGACAACCCAUUAACAACCAGACAACAUCCAUUUUUUAAAAAAAGCAUGACCUGAAAAAGAUAUUUUUAUCCGGAUAUCUGCUAUUUUCCUAGCUUUCCAUUCAACUUAGAUCAGAAAGCCUCACAUGGUCAUCAUCGUUCCUGCCCCGAUUGUGGGGAGCUUGUUGAAGUCAUGGCCAUUGUGGGAAUCGUAGUAACAGUCCUCAUUCACCCAAAUAAUUGUAUGUGUUAUACUUCAUUGUGGGGAAGAGGGAGGAAUUGCUAGAGUAUUCUUCCCAACUUAAGGCAAGAGCAAGAGGCCUCUAUCCCCCACUUAUGUAUGUAAAAGCCUUUCAGUUUAGUGGGAACUGUGCCUACACUGGAAGGAAUGAAGGGGAGAUUAAAAUGGAAUCUUACAACUUCAGUUCUUCUUGCUCAAUAUUAGAUUCUCCACAGCUUUGUUUCUCUUUCCUUCCAACUACUGGGGUAAGGGGCUUUGUUUUGUUUUUAUGUUCCUUUGAAAGGAUCAGUCCAGCAGCUGACUUAACUGUAGAAUGUUGUUUUUUUUUUUUUCUUUUUUACAUGAAGCUACUCAUAUCAAGAGCAAUAGUCAGUCUUACAGCCAGACUGUCAAUCCUCAAACUUGACUGUACUGACCUGACCAUCUCCCUUUCAUCUCCAGACAAUUGAUGAUUCCCCUAGUUGAUUCUGUGAGUGUCUGCUUUACAACUAACCUUCCAUGUCAUACAGAAGCCCAACCAUUAGUUAACAGUAGUUUUAUCAACUAGGUUUAUUGUUUUUUUGAUAGCACAUCCAUGUAUAUUAUUAAGUAACUUUCAUUUAAUUUCUAAAAUAUCUGAGAUGGAGUAUUUUGUGAAAAAGCUACCAUUCUGUUCACAUUUUUGCUUCAACACUUUGCAAGAUGGCAUGGUAUUAGGCACUUGCCCCAUAUCUACAUCUCAUGAGCAUAAAUGCAGUAGAUUUUUCUUUGAACAGCAAAGGCAGAAUUCAUGAUUUCCUAUCACAGUGAGUCACACCUUACCUAGGAUGCUAUGCCUCUGCCUGACGCCUUAUUGAUCGUGUAUAGCACGCCAUCACAUCUGUCUUUGUAGAUGUUUGACCAGCAGGGAUCUUUGAGUCCAACCAUUCAUCUUACAACACUGAGUGGCUUAUGAGUAUAAAUGGAUACAGCAGAGGCAUUCCUGAUACAUGCUUGCAUCCAUGUGUUGAUGUUCCCCACCCAGUGUAGCAUCCUGAAGGUAAAGGACAGAAGCUGAGCUGCAGAGAGGCUGUGAUGGGGCUGUAGAAGGGGGAGCACUGCGACCUGACAUUGCACACGAGGGAAAAUUCACCACGUGGAAAAGGCAAAAAAAAACUUGUUUUUGUAACACCUGACAACUUCAUGGCCCUUGAUAAAUGUAUAUAUGUAUAUGUGCAUGGACUGUUUCCAGUACACCUUUCGGCCAAAACAGAUCCACAGUCGUUAAGUACAUAAAGAGACAAUGUCUAGUACAAUUCUUGUAUUUGUGUAUGGGGUUUUUUUCUUUGAAGUUGUUUUGUCUUACAAAGGUGAAAAUUGUUUGCAAGUGGAGUGAGAAGUUCAUAAUUCUUUGGCUUUUUUCUGUUGUUUAAGAGUUACUCCUUUUGGGGAGCUGGUCUACGUGACUCACUGAACUUGGAAAUCCUUGUUUUCAGCGUGUCAAGUCAAAUGUGUUUAUGUGAGCUGUCCCUGUGGGGAACCAAUUGCUUUGUCAUAUAGCUGGUUAUGAACUAGUAACGUGUUUGGGAAGUCCUACUGAUGUUCCUUGUUGGGAGAAAAAUUCUGCUGGUUCUAACAACUGUGCUUCUGCUAUGCAUGGUAUCCAAGUCAGUUGGAAAGCAGACCCUGAAAUUUGAGUUUAGGGUCAUUUAAGAAAGGGGCAGUUUAUAGCACAAUGCCUCACAUGAGACAAAGUUCUGAAAUGCCAAAUUCUUAUUUUUUAGAAAUCUAGUUAAAUCACUAGUAUAAAUGACUAGUAUGAACAGAAUUGGGUUCAUUGGAAACACUAACCAACUUAACAUUGAGCUUGUCUCCAUGAGAGAGCAUUAGCUGCCCAGGAUGCUGCUAUUUAAAAAAAAAAAAAAAGGCAAAAUAAAAAUAACUCAUUUAUACGUGUGUAUUUUUUAAAGCUACGAUCUGUUCAAUGUUUUUACAAAUCUGUUUCUAUGACAUUGUUAAAAUAACGUUGGUCUUUUGACGAGAGGGAGGAUGUCAUGGUCAGUUGUAAUUUUGCCUUUACAAGGCACCUGGGGUGGGGGGCGGGGGGACUGUGCCUCCUUGACAUUUGUUCAAGCUAUAGGUUCAAUGGAGCUAUGUCUUGUUGUUUUAAGUUGCUUUAAUGCAUUGUAUUAGGUCUUCAAACAGAAUAAAGGUUGUUUUGAAACUGAA